CUUGGCUUGAGGCUUGUUGGCGCUUGUCUCAGUCACCUGCUAAGGUUUGAGCGCGUCGCAACGUAGCGGCAACUUUUGCAACGGUUUCUAACGUUGCCAUAAACAGCAACGAAAAAAAUAAUAGCACGUGCAGAGCCGCCACAAGAAAAUCAUCAGCAAUAGCAACAAUAACGUGAAAAUUAUAAAGCCAAAAACACACGCAAACCGCAUAAAAAUUUCAAAAAACGCGCGCGCCAAAUAAAAAAAAACCGACAACACACGAAAAAACCAAAAAUACAACAAAAAAAUGCUCGUAAAAAAUUAAAAAAAAUAAAAAUAAAGCAAGGAGAAAAAAAAGAGAAUUUUAUUCGCUUGCGUUUUGUCAACCAGAAAAGGGCCAAGCGGCAAUAAAAGCGCACAAGUGGAAGCAGCAACAACACCAACAACAACAACUGCAACUACAAAAAGCGACCCUGUGAAUAAAAAAAAAAUAAUAAUAAUAAGAACUGAGGCCCAAACCGAAAACCCUUUUGAACCCGAGGCAGGAAAACGCUUGUUUCGACAAGCCAGUGACAAAAACAACAAAAACAACAACAGCAUCAGCCACAACAACGAACAGCAGCAAUAGCAACAACAACAUCGACAACAACGACAACACAGCUCUAUGCCGGCGCCAAGAUGAGACGCAGCAGCAUUACACACACAGCAACCACGCCCACAAAUGGCAAGCAGCCCUCUACGAAAAACCAGAGUCUGCUGCUGCUUCUGCUGCUCGCCUGCUGCGGCAGCCCGGUUCAGGUGCUUGCCCAGUGUCCCUGGCAGCGGGAUGUGCCCGAUCUGCAGACGAGCUGCAUUUGUGCCUACAAUCUGGGACGCGAGCUGAGCGUGCAAUGUGAUCAGGUGGACUUCUCACAGCUGCUGGAAGCGAUGAACAAGUAUGCACGCUUGAAGCCCGUGGAUUUGCUGUAUGUGAACAAUGCAAGCAUUGAGGAGCUCGGAGACAAUGUUUUCAGCCAGCUGAGUCUGCACAAUGUGCAGCUCUCCAGCUGUGGCAUUCGUCGCAUCGCAAGUGGUGCCUUCAAGGGCCAGGAGUCGGUGCUCAAGAAUCUCAAUCUGCAGGACAAUCAGCUGGACGAGGUGCCCGUGGAGGCGUUGCAAGUGCUGUCCAAGCUCAAUCUGUUGGACUUGUCACGGAAUUUGCUCUCCCAGAUACCCGACGAUGCCUUCGCCGGUCUCAGCAAGUUGUCCACACUGAAGCUGAACGACAACAAUGUGACGCUGGCAUCGAACGCAUUUCGUGGCCUCGAACAGAGUUUAAAGAAUCUGAACUUGAAGGGCACAAGGCAGCGCAGGGUGCCCGAAUGUAUACGCGGUCUCAAGAGCCUGGCGUUCUUGGAUCUCUCGCAGAAUGGCAUCAAGGAGCUGCCUGGUGCUGCUGGCAUACGUGUCUUUGAUGGCUUGGAUGCCCUCACGGCACUAAACAUGGAAAGGAAUCUGAUACAAAGCAUUGCGGAAACAGCAUUCGCCGGAGUGCGCAAGACAUUGAGCUCAUUGAGUUUACUCAACAAUUUGCUCGCCGAAUUUCCCAUUGGCGCCGUGCAUUCCCUGAAGGAGCUGCGUGUGCUGGACAUUGGUUUCAAUUUGCUCACCUCGCUGCCCGAGGCGGCGUUUCGUGGCAAUCCAAGCAUCACCCUCUUGGCUCUCGAUGGCAAUCCACUGAGCACUGUGCCCGAGGGCGCCUUUACCCAUUUGAAUGCCACAUUGCGCGGCCUCUCGCUUGGCGGUCGCUUCCUUCACUGCGACUGCAAGUUGCGCUGGGUUGCCGAAUGGAUACGCAAUGGUGACUUGCAGGUCACUUCUCGCGAACGUAAUCCACAGUUUUGUGGCACGCCGCCGCGUUUCCGUGAUCGCGGUUUCUACUCCAUACAGCCGGAGGAGCUCAAUUGUCCCGAGAUUGCAGAUGCUGCGCUGCGCGGUCCCGUUGGCCUUGCCGACAAUCUGAAGCCCACGUUUCCCACCUCACCAGAUUCGGUUGAGUUCGAAACCGGUUCGGGCACAGGCACGGGAACAGGAACGGGCACAGCUGCCUCAUCGCCGGUGGCAACUAGCGUGAGCAGCACUUCGCCUACCACAACAACCACUGUGUCCACCACAACAACCACAACAGCAGCGCCCACAACUAGCUCCAGCUUAAGCACAACAGCCAGCACGACGCCUCGUCCCGCGACCACAGCGGCAACAAAGUCCAUCAAAGCCUUGCCCACAGUGGGCGUCAAUGGCACCGGCAGCGUUCAAGCUACGGCCAUCACAUCGACUAGCAGCAGCAGCAGCUCGAGCUCUAGUGCCAGCUCAACGUUGCAUACAGCAGGCGGCAAACAGGCGCCAGGCUGGCGUCAAGGCCCAAACAAUGCCAAUGGGAAUCAACACAAGCCACAGCGACCGCCGCUGGUGUUGGGUUAUCCGCCGCAGCGUGGCACACGCAUUGACGAUGCGAAUGAGGUGCAGGUGAAGCAUGCGUUCCGUCAGGAUAGCUCUGUGAUCAUUCAAUGGGAUUCGGAGACAGCGAAUAUACUCGGCUUCCGGGUCGUCUAUCGACUGUUUGGCGAGAAGGCCUUCAAGCAAGGACCGCCACUGGAGUCGAGUGAGCGUGAGUUCAAGAUUAAGAAUGUGCCCGCCCAGGAGUGCAUCAUAGUGUGUGUGAUAUCGCUGGAGGAGCUGCAUGUGACGCCGGAGACGGUGCCGUAUCAGCAGUGUCGUGAGGUUCGCACCGUCAGCUCACAGACAUCGAACAUGGAUAAGAUAACGAUAGCGGCAAGUGCCGCCAUUUGUGGCACCAUCAUUGUGGCCGUGAUUGUCUUUAUAGCUGCCAGCAGACGCUCGCGUAAACUGCAAAAUAACCAGCAAAAGAGUCCACUGCCAAUUGGAGGUUUGCCCGUUAAUUGUUGCGGUCCAACCGGUUCGCCAGGACCACUUGGCUCCAUUGCCACGCUAUCGGCCUUUAACAAUCACAAGGAAUGGGAUCAGGUAUCGGCGUACAGUGGACGCUCGAUACCGCGACCACGCAUUUAUCCCGUCGAACAGCCCGACGACAUGCGCAGCCAUUUCUCUGGCAUGCCUGGCAAGGUGGCAAAAUCACGCUCCAUAGCCGAUGGGCAAUCGCAGCACAGUUUCUCGAACAAUUCACAUCGCGGCUAUUUGGGCAGCGCAUUCCCCACAAAUCUGGUCAAUUCCCGCCCAGAGCUGCGUCAGUCGCGUCAAUCGCUGGCCGCCGCCUCUGAGCGCAUGUCGCGUGCCUCCUACGCCGGCUCCAUACAUAACGGUAUGGGUGGCGGCGGCGGCGGAGGCGGUGGCAAUGGCGGUGGCAAUGUCAUGGUUGGCAUGGGAGGCGGCCCUGGCAGUCUGAUGGGCAUGAGCGGAUUGGUUGGCCCUGGCGGACCAGCUAGCAUUGCAUCCAGCAAUGCAAGACGCUCGCGUCCGCGUUCCAGAUCACGCGAUCAACUGAAUACCACGCACAUACAUAACCAUCGACCGGGAAGUCGAUAUUCACAAGCGGGUUCAACGCACACGUUGAACAAUUAUUGCGAUACAUCGGACAAUUGGACCGAUCACGAUAUGGAUAUAUAUAUGGCGCGCAAUCCGACAACGCGCAACGGUUUGGUGCCAUUAUGAGGGCGGCUUAUGUUAUCCUGAUAUUUCAAUGUUGUAUUAAAUCUCGAUGGUAUUUUCUGACAAUAUCUGACGCCGGCCAUUGGCGGAGGCGAAGCAGCAACUGGUCGGCGUCAGCAUUUAAGAGUUGUUGCACAGCAGCAACAGCAGCAGCAGCAAUUGGAGCAACGACAUAGAAACAAUCAGCAACAACAAC